AUGUCCCACUCCCAACCAACCAUCACAACGCCGAUUGCAUCUAACCGUGCACAAACCACACCCAGCCCAACAAUCGCACCUAGCAGCCCUACCACAACUGGUCCACAAGAACUGCACAUUGCUGGAGAUGAAUUAGGUAAGUUGAUUCGUGCAUCCGUGGAGGCAUUCCAACGUUGUGAUUGCUGGGAGGAAUUCGUGGUUACACAACGGGGUGUCGCAUCAAACAAUGUCCAUCCUCUGGACCACCCGGCCAGUCAACUCCUCGCUAACCUACAUCAACAUGGAGCUCCGGUGCCGAUGUCAACGAAACCUUGGACACCUGAACAACUUGACAAAGCCAUUUCACGAGGCCCACACACAUCGGCCAAGCUGAACAACGGCUUCAUACAAGAGGAGUUCAUCGACUUCAUCAGCAAAGGCUUUUGGACAGUCUUGCCAUAUUCCAUUGUCAAGAAUCUAUCCAAUCUACACCUCAACCCCCUUGGGAGCGUUCCACAACACGACCGACAAGAUCGGCUCAUUGUUGACCUCUCCUUCUACUUCACCAAUCAAGAAUGCCUACCAGUGGCCCCAUCUGAAUCCAUGCAGUUUGGACGCACUUUGCAACGCAUACUACAAAGAAUCUUACUGUCAGACCCAAGCUUUGGACCAGUCUACCUGUCCAAGAUUGAUAUUGCCGAUGGCUUCUACCGGAUCCAGCUGUCUGCUUGA